AUGGCCUUCGUCCUUGCUGCGCUGGUGUUGCUGCCCCUGGCGGCAGCCAAGUGCACGCACGCCAUCGUCGGCGGUGGUCCGGGAGGAGUCUAUACAGCCUGGCGCCUGGCCACUUCGCUGCCGGACGCAGAGGUUUGCUUGUUCGAGCGGUCCAAGCGACUAGGCGGCCGCAUCGCUUCGGUCCGGGGUGUCGGCCCACACAAGGACCUGGUUGUGGAAGCCGGAGCCUACCGCUUCGUCCCUUCCCCGGAGUGCGAGAAGUUCGGGCAGGUCUCCAAGUGCGAGUGGACACCGCUGGUCGCGCACCUGGUCAAGGAUGCCCUCAAGCUAAAGACGGCCCUCUACGACCCCGUCCCAGGUGACCACUCGAAGAUGGAGAAGAUUGUGAACGAGGACGGCCACAACGCCGGCUACGCCACCUUCGUCGAGACCAUGGCCAAGGAAGCCGAGGAGGCAGGCCGCCUUCACAUCUACAUGCUUCAUGAGGUGGUCGCUCUGAAGAGGGCCGGCAGCGGCGUCAGCCUCUCUGUGAAGGGCCCGGAUGGUCUCAAGGAGGUGGAGGCCAGCGCGGUGCUCCUGAACGUGCCGCAGCUGCCGCUGCUGCGGCUGCUCAGCGCCAGCGCGGAGGUGGACGACAUCAUGACUCCCCGCGAUGACCUCUUCGCGCCCAUGCCCUUCGCCAUUCUGAAGCUCUACGUCUACUACGAGGAUGCAUGGUGGCGGAACUACCUGAAUCUCACCGCUGGCCAAUUCAGCAACGUGGGCGAGGACGCCCGGACCUGA